GCGGGUUUCAUGGGGCUCCUUAGGAUUAUGAUGCCGCCCAAGUUGCAGCUGCUGGCGGUGGUGGCCUUCGUAGUGGGGAUGCUCUUCUUGGAGAACCAAAUCCAGAAAUUGGAGGAGUCUCGAUUGAAGCUAGAAAGGGCUAUUGCAAGACAUGAAGUUCGAGAAAUUGAGCAGCGACAUACAAUGGAUGGUCCUCGGCAAGAGGCAGCGCUGGAUGAGGAAGAAGACAUGGUGAUCAUUUAUAACAGAGUCCCCAAAACUGCAAGCACCUCCUUUACCAAUAUUGCCUAUGACCUGUGUGCAAAGAAUAAAUACCAUGUUCUUCACAUCAACACUACCAAAAAUAAUCCAGUGAUGUCACUACAAGACCAGGUACGCUUUGUAAAGAAUAUAACCUCCUGGAAAGAGAUGAAACCAGGGUUUUAUCAUGGACAUGUUUCUUAUUUGGAUUUUGCAAAAUUUGGUGUGAAGAAGAAGCCAAUUUACAUUAAUGUCAUAAGGGAUCCUAUCGAGAGGCUAGUAUCUUACUAUUACUUUCUGAGAUUCGGAGAUGAUUAUAGACCAGGGUUAAGAAGACGAAAACAAGGAGACAAAAAGACCUUUGAUGAAUGUGUAGCCGAGGGCGGCUCAGACUGUGCUCCGGAGAAGCUCUGGCUUCAAAUCCCAUUCUUCUGUGGCCACAGCUCCGAAUGCUGGAAUGUGGGAAGCAGGUGGGCUAUGGAUCAAGCCAAGUAUAACCUAAUUAAUGAAUACUUUCUGGUGGGAGUUACUGAAGAGCUUGAAGAUUUUAUCAUGUUGUUGGAGGCGGCUUUGCCCCGGUUCUUCAGGGGCGCUACAGAACUCUACCGGACAGGAAAGAAAUCUCAUCUUAGGAAAACCACGGAGAAGAAACUCCCAACUAAACAAACCAUUGCAAAACUGCAGCAAUCUGACAUUUGGAAAAUGGAGAAUGAGUUCUAUGAAUUUGCUCUGGAGCAGUUCCAGUUCAUCAGAGCCCACGCUGUACGGGAAAAAGACGGAGACCUCUACAUCCUCGCACAAAACUUUUUCUAUGAAAAGAUUUACCCUAAAUCGAACUGAGUACAAGGUGUGACUCUUACGUUCUUGAACUAAAACUUUGACCCUGUCUUCACCUUUGUUCUCGGCCCCACAAGUCAGGUUGCUGAUUGGUGUGUAAGACUGUGUGUAUUGAGCCAAGUUAGGGAACAGUAACACCGAGGAGGUAGAUGCUGGCUGGUAAGUUUCAGUGGCCUAAGAGGUUUCAGUUUUGGCCUUUUUUUCUUUUUCUUUUUUCUUCUUCUUCUUCCUUUUUUUUCUUUUUUCCUGGUUAAAUUUUGGUGGGAGUUAUAAUCUCCUGCUUGGAAAAAGCCUGCACAUCCCCUAAGAUAAACACAUAGCGGGUCUAAUUGGAGGCUAAAUACAAUUUC